AUGACUGAAAUCUCACCAUUAAAUUGCACAACCGCAACGCAUGAAAAAAUAGUGGUACUUAAUCGAGAUGUAAGAUAUAUGUUGAUCAACAAACUUAAAGGUUUAGAUGCUAUUAAUUUCAUGGAAGCUGUAAAUCGGUCUGAGCAAUUUGGUGUAAUCGAAAUAAACGAAGAUCAUUUUUUUAAUGUUGUUUUCAUGAAAAUCUCCAAGAAUAAAACCAUCAAAAUCAAAAUGCCAUAUCAUUUUGCUUGCUUAGACAGUCUGUACAUUGAUGAUCAAGGAUAUUUGUAUACUCAAAAAUAUUGUCAAGAAGAAUGUCCACCGAUUCGUAUAUUCAUUCAUCCUACUUUUACAGUAGAUGCAUUUGAAAUGUUAUGUUUCACAUACAAAACUGAAGCUUUUCGAUGCCACAGUCGUUUAUUACCAUUCAAUUGCCAUCCAUAUGUUGGUAAUUUAAUCUUAGUUGAUUAUUUCAAUUAUAAAGAUUCAAUUGGUUCUGUACGUGAACUCAAUAAACACGAGAAAUAUCUUUUCAAAGAUAUGAUUUCUCAAAAAAAGGUUCCCUAG